CCACGGAGAUAUCACGUUUUUCCCUUUCAGUCUUCAUUCCAAAUGUCUGAUGCUUUUUUGGAAAGUUUCGCCGUUGUUUGUCUCCAGAUGACUGUCAGACCGGUUUGGAUAGAGUCGAGGAAACAAACACCAGGAAAGAAGUAACAGGAAGCAGAAGACGAGAGAAAAAGGUUUGGAUGGCUGAUUCUGAAUAAGUGGACAGGAGAUUGGGAUUGACAUGAGGGUGAGAUGAAGUGAUUAGUUUGGAAGUGGAGAAUACAGAGGAGAGAGAGGGCAGUGGGAGGGAGGACAGACGCAGGGUCCAGCCCUCUGGGACAGCAGUUUGCAGAACAUCACCGGACACCGACGUGAGAGGGACGCCGCCAGUUAUUCUCUGAAACCAGACCUACCUCUGAUGCCACACACACAUUCCUCCAUCUGCUGCCCAGAACCUCUGCCUGCUGAUGAUCCAACAGAUCUGCUGUGGAAAAUGUGGGAUUAAACUUCCUGAGGCAAUGGAUUGGAGUCCAGCCUGUUUGAGUGAAUGACUGGAAGAGGAAACUUUCACCCGAAAUCCAUUUCUGCGCCUGGACUCUGUCCUCGACUCGGCGCUGAUAGCCGAGCGGUCCAUGGUGGUGGUGAGCGAUGUGGGUCUGACUGAACUCGGCGCACAGAUGCCUGCCGCUAUGCUCCCGUGCUCCGCGCCAGCCGGGUCGGACUGGAGCUUCCAGAACCCGGUGGGGGUGGACUGCAGCUCGCCAGAGCCGCGCUGCAUUUGGGUGGCCGUUCUCCACGGAGCGGCGAGUCCGGCGCCGCGCGCCGAACCGGCUUCGCCCGGCCAAAACGCACAUCAGCUCAGGGCUAAGGGGCGGAGGGAUGGUCACUCCUCGGCAGGUGACAACCCUCGGCCGCCGAUGGCGUCCCGGCCGGGAAGGGAGGGGGUCGGCGUGGGCUGGAAGGGUCCCCGGACGCUGGUCCUCCAUAAGAACUCCCAGGGUUUUGGUUUCACGUUACGCCACUUCAUCGUUUACCCUCCAGAGUCUGCUCUGCACACCAACCUCAGGGAUGAGGAGAACGGCAACGGGAAGGGGUUUCAGAAAGAGCGACUGGAGCCGAUGGACACCAUAUUUGUGAAGAAUGUGAGAGAAAAGGGUCCGGCCCACAAGGCGGGUUUGUGCACAGGGGAUCGUUUGGUGAAGGUAAACGGAGAGAGCGUUCUUGGAAAAACUUACUCGCAGGUGAUCGCUCUCAUUCAGAACAGCGAGAGUGUGUUGGAGCUCUCCAUCAUGCCAAAAGAUGAAGAUGUGCUUCAGCUGGCAUACUCACAAGAUGCUUACUUGACCGGGAACGAACCCUUCGCAGGGGGAGCCGAGAACCUCCCGCCACCGCCUCCCCUCUGUUACCCACGCACCAGGACUGCCCCCCAUCCUGGAGCCCCGCUUUGCUCCCCCAUGGGCCAGAACCAGCUGGAUAACUGGAGUUGCUGGCCAGGGUCUUCAAGCCCUUCGUCGCCCUUAGAUAACAGAUCCGGUGUGGCCAGCCCAGCCAGCUGGCAGGAGGGCCGGGCAGGUGAACCAGGUGGAGUGGGUCACAGCAGUCCAUCGCACCGUACAGAGGAGAUCCAGUACGGUAUGACCAGCCAGCAACCUCAGGGUCAGACCAGGAGGCGCUCCUACUCUUCGUCUUCCUCAUCUGGAGGUCUUCUGUCCAGUCCCCUGCAAGUCCACUACCCCAACCACCAGAGUGCCGGGUYCCAAGCACAGCCUCGCAAGUCCAGUACAGCCUGGACCAGUCCGCCGAUGGCUCCUGUCCGCAACAGCCGCAGCGAUCGCUGCCAGCAGGCUCUCUCCGACUGGUACUACAACCAGCAACCUGAGCGCUCGGGACGCAGCAUGCAAACCCGCCACCGCAGCUACUCUCAAGACCGGCUCAGCGAGCACAGAAGGCAGCAGCAGAGGGCAGGUGGCUGGCCACACAGCGCCUCUCAGGACACCCUCUUCCUACUGCAGCAGUCAGGGCAAGGACCUCAGGGUGAGCCCUACUGGUCCGCCAGAGACUGGGAGGCAGGACACGACAGGGGCCGCUCUGACUACACUCGGACACGCUCUGAAAAUCUGCUGGCCCAGUACGAUCGCCAUGGCCGCUCGUUGGAGAUGUUGGACCGAGCAUCAGCUGGACUGGUUUCGUCUCGGUCUGAGAGGCAGCCGUGGCCCCAACAGGCUUCACAGCCACCCCACAGGACUGACGCCUACCCAAGACCAAGGUGCCACACCGUCGUGGCGCAAGCUCCUUCAGUGCCUCGACCGUCGCAGUCUAAACACCACCCCCAAAGCCACAACCAGACCCACUCCCAGCCUCAGCAGCCCGUCCUCCAGAGCAGGCGGCUUCCUGCGGGGCAGAGCAUGGACGAGCAGCAGGUGGGAUAUCGCAGCUACAGCCCGUCUUUUUACCGCAAGACAGGCCGCAUCCUGCAGCAAGCUCAGUCCUUCAGGGACCCGUCUUACUCUGGCCCCCAUUUGAAUUGGAACCCAGUCCCCAAAAGCGGUCCCCCAGAGGGAUCGUCAGCACCUCUCAUUGCCUCUGCCUCUACACCCCUCGUUUCGGUCUCUCCAGAAUCCCAGGACAGGGCAUACAGGCCGACAAACCACGAGAGGGAACGAGGGGCCGUGGAGGGGCAGCCAGAGACAGCGGAGCAAACACCGGAAGUGGUGUUGAGGCAGAAACCCCCUACUGGGCGGAGAAACGCCAACAGACACCCUCACUACGGCAUAACUAUGGACGAACUAGAACCCUCAUUGUUUUCUCCAGAUCCCAAAGACACAAAUGUUCACUCUGGCUCUACUGAAGACGUGGCCCCUCGCAAAGCAAAUGGCAACCUUGCUCCCCUUUCUUUAGAUAACGACUCCCUGGCCUCCAUCCCAUUCAUAGACGAGCCAACCAGCCCGGGCGCUGAUUUGCGUGCCCGCCACGUGCCGGCCUCCUCCGUCGUGUCCAGCGGCAUGAGUUCAGCGCCCCCCGUGGGCACCAGCCCCGCCUCCCCCACCUUCACCUUCCCCCUCAAUAGGCUCUUCUCACACGACUGCAGCAGUAUUAAAUCCAGUCGCCGUUCCUCCUAUGUUCUAGCCAUCACCACGGAGCGAUCCAAGUCAUGCGAUGAAGGACUCAACACGUUCAGGGAGGAACGAGCCUCGCUUUACAGAAGGCUGCCAAAAAGAGUGAAGAGUUUCUUUGGAGAUGGGACUCUGGACAUCCUUGCAACAGCAGAGGAGGUUCGCUCCAAACGCCAUUCCACCUCCGAACUGGGAAACAUCAAUUACAGCAACAUACGGCGGGAAGGAUGGCUGCAAUUCAAGCAAAUCCUCACCGAGAAGGGAAAGAAAGUCGGCAGCGGGAUACGGCCGUGGAAGAGGGUGUAUUCUGUCCUUCAGUGCCAUUCGCUGUUCCUCUACAAAGACAAGCGGGAGGCGGUGCUCCGCGGCGCCUCGAUUGAAGGCGGGGCCGAGGACGAGCAGCCAAUCAGCAUCCGGGGCUGCCUGGUGGACAUCGCGUACAGCGAGACCAAACGCAAGCACGCCCUGCGGCUGACCACCCAGGACUUCUGCGAGUACCUGCUGCAGGCGGAGGACAGGGAGGACAUGCUGGAGUGGAUAAAGGUCAUCAGAGAGAGCAACAAGAUGGACAGCGAGGAGCUCGGAUCCUCCAGACAGGCUCUCAUCAAUAAGAAGCUCAAUGACUACAGAAAACAAAGUCCAACAUCAAGUAAGCCAGAUUCGUCUCCCCGGAUGCACCGCAUGAUGCCUCCGUUCCUGCUCAAUAAGACGGAAAACACAGCCGGAGCGCCGCGCUCCCCAAAACAAGACGGCAAAGACGAGAGCAGCCCUCCGAAGUCUCCCUGGGGAAUCAACAUCAUGAAGAAGUCGAAGAAAGCCGGACCCAAAGCGUUUGGUGUGAGACUGGAGGAAUGUCAGCCUGGUAUCAACAACAAGUUUGUCCCAAUGAUCAUUGAGUUCUGCUGCGGUUUGGUGGAGGAAAUGGGCCUGGAAUACACCGGGAUCUACCGGGUUCCCGGGAACAACGCCAUAGUCUCGCUGCUUCAGGAACAGCUCAAUAAGGGCAUGGACAUCAACCCUGCAGAAGAGAGGUGGCAGGACCUCAACGUUGUUAGUAGUUUACUCAAAUCCUUCUUCAGGAAGCUUCCAGAGCCUCUCUUUACCAACGACAAGUACAACGACUUCAUUGAUGCCAAUCGGAUGGAAAAUCCAUCGGAGCGACUGAAGACCAUGAAGAAACUGAUCCGAGAUCUUCCAGAUCACUAUUAUCACACUCUGAAAUUCCUGAUCAGCCACUUGAAGACGGUUGCAGACCACUCCGACAAAAACAAGAUGGAGCCUCGUAACUUGGCUCUGGUGUUUGGGCCUACGUUGGUUCGAACCUCUGAGGACAACAUGAAAGACAUGGUCACCCACAUGCCCGACCGCUACAAGAUCGUUGAGACGCUCGUCCAACAUUGCAUCUGGUUUUUCACAGAUGAGCUCGACAAGGAUGAGAAGACACCAGUGGACACAGAGGACGUCCAACCCGCCCCCAACAUCGACCACCUUCUGUCCAACAUCGGCAGGACCGCUCUGCUCGGCGAGGCUUCGGACUCAACCAACAGUGACUCAGCUAAAUCAAAGGGAUCAUGGGGGUCAAAGAAAGACCUCACCGCCAAGGACUUCCUGGCUCUGUCCAUCAUGUCCGCCGUCACAGGCCGCAAGCGAAGGAAGCGCCACCUCGCCCGCCGCGUUGGAAGCAGCACCGAUGACGACUCCGAGCACGAACCGGUGAAAGCGGGGCACCUUGGGAUGGAGGAGGAAGAGGAGGCAGAGUCGCCAGGAGGAGACACUGCUCCUCGAGCUGAGGGAGAAGAGGACGAGGAGGAGGAAGACGACGACGACGAUGAGGAGGAGGAGGAGGAAGUUGUAGCAGGUGGAGAGAAAGAGGAGGCAGACGAGGAAGUGGUAGCCGUUGUUCCCAGUCGGCCGUGCUGUAAAGAGGAAGAGGAGGCAGGAGGAAGGCAGACAGCUAUUUUGUUGCAGGACGAGGCGGUGCAGGCGGAGGAGGCGAAGGGCCCGUCGUGGAGAGCGCCAGAGGACGCUCGCUCCAUUGUCUCCGGCUACUCCACCCUUUCCACGUUAGGGCGAAGCUUGGGGUCAGAGGGCAGGGGCGACGAUGCCGACGACGAGCACAGCGAGCUGGUGAGCGAGACGGACAACGAGAGCGGCUUCGUCUCGCGCUCCCUAACCCAGGAGAGGCCCAGCAAAGAACCGACGACGCCCACGAACCAGCCGUCAUCGGCACCUCGCAGCUUCCUCUACUCCCAGUGCAAACCGCCGCUCCUCUCGCCCAUGAACCUCCUCACCCCGGCAGCGCCGGCCGUUAACUCAGCCGACUCUGUCGAGAGGAGCGAAGGAGGAGCGCGCUCCAACACGCCUUCCUCUUCCUCCUCCUCCAACGCUCACAGACUCCACUCACGGCCUUCCUUCAACUCCCACAAGCUGAUCCAAUGCGACACUCUGGCCAGAAAGAAACUGAAGUCGGAGAAGUCCAAAGUCCGCUCCCUGGACCUGCCGGAGUUCCAGGUUGAGGGGACCGGCUCCGGGUCCGACAGCGCACCAAAACCGAAGCGAGACCCCUCCAGAACGAACGCUUCCUCCGGCAGCAGCCAGGAGAGCUUGCGCCUGUCCCGGCCGAGACCCGCCCUGCCGCCCAGCGAAGCCGCCUCCUUCACCCCCACCGGCCCGGGCGGCAGGUCUCUGGCCGAGCACGUCCGGGCUCGCCUGCUGGGCUCCGCCGACGACCUGCGCAGCGUGGGGCUGCGAAAACCUCCAUCACCCGAAACGCGGAGGAAGAAACGAGCGUGGCGGAGACACACCGUGGUGGCCUCACCCACCGAGACGUCCGACAAGAGACCCCCGCUGAGCGUCAAUGAGUUCCCGCUCUCCCCCGCCAACCAAAACCAGGUGAAAACUCAAGGAGCAGACAGCCUGGACCACGAACCAGUUACACGCCAAGCCCCCACCUCCAGAUUCCACCAGUACCUGUGAAAACCUCCAGGUGCUAUUCAUUUUGGCAUGGCAAGGGGAACCCCAGUGUUGCCAAAGCUUUAGGGGUUUUUUUCUUAGCUUUUUUAUUAUUUAAAAAACUUUCCUGUGCAUAGAAGAUACAAUAUGGUGCAAUCCACAUAUUAACCCAUGCGCACCAGAUGCUAUGUGUUGCACACGAGAUAGUAUGUGAUGCGCAUCAUGCUGUGUCUCGUGCACUUAUUAGUCUAAUUUUAUUUUGUUCUUCAAUGUCCCUUUAGGGGCUUCGUAUAAGACAUAAACAAAACUCAUUGUUAACGCCAAAAAUCCACAAUUUAGUAAAAACAGGCAUCCCUUCCUUCCCGACUCACAGGAGAGAUGCUCUCAAUUGGUCACAGGAGGGCGCUGUUGUGCAGCUUUGCUCUGGUUGAGAAAAAAAUGGUGCUUCUAGCUAAUUCAGCUUAAUGGUAAAUGUUACAAAAACUAUCAUGCAACAGGAGUAAAUUCAGCAGAUUUCCUUUUAUCCUGCUACCAGUCUUCCUGACCUCGCUCACUGUAAAACUCCCGUUUUUAGUCCGACACAAGGACACAGAUGUCUGUCUCUACUUGUUAAUAACGUCUAUGAGUGUUUGUGCAGAAAUGAUCACGUUUUGUAGCAUUUUGUACAAAGCCUUGUUAAGUUAACCUAUGUAAAUAUAAAUGUUUGUUUUCACCUGUGAGUUGUUUUUUUUUUAGUUAUUUUUAUAUGGUUUACAAAACGUGCACAGAGUGCAGUCAUUUCUUUCAAGAAGUUACUUGAAAUGUUUCCCUUAAUAUAUUAUUUUUUUUGUUUAUAUUCAAUAUAUAUUAUAUAUUUUGUAUUAAAGUAAAAAAUAAAAACAGUACUUUUAUUGUUCAGUGAACCUCUUGAGCGUACCUGUUGGAGGGAGAUAAACACGACUAAAGCUGAUCCUUAUUUCUCCAUAGAUGGCCUUUCUGAUUCACAGCACUGUGCAGACUACCUUUAUCUCCUGAGAUACUGACUUUUCAAUGAAAGCGAUCUACUUUAAACAAACAUCCAUCAAAUAAACUAUCUGGGGAUUGCACGUAGCAAGUCCAGCAGAUCCCUUUGGGAGCGUUUGCAGGCACAUCGGCACGCCGACGGCUGAGCUCAUCGUUGUUUUCGCGUUACCUCAGAUCUCACAUUUUCACCUUUUUAGUUUGGGAUCUUUUUUCAGCCCAUCCCCACUGAGCAUUCAUCUGUCGGCGCAGUUUUUACCUUGGGGGGGGAUGUGUGUGGCUGGGAGUUUUCCAUAAGGUCAGGUUCUUAAUGAAUCCUAACUGACUGGUUGAAAUGGUACAAUGGAGAAACUGAAAACAGGUCUGUGGAAAGUGUCCCCCGCUUCACUCAUUUAUUCCGUUUCUCCUUUUUGUUGCAGCUGAAAUUUGAUAAUAGAAAACGUGUAGCAUCAUAGAUAACCUGAGAAAACACAAGAAGCAGCUUUUAUAUGAUGGUUUGAUUUAUUGAAGGGAAAAAGUAUUAAAUCCUCCACCUUAGUUACACCAUAAAACAGGGUAAUUAAUCCUGCUUUGGUCCAGUUUCUGUAACCCUGAAGAAAUCAUUUUAAACUAAAAGUAGAAACAGAUAUUUAAAAAAAGCAACUUGCUCUGACCCAACAAAGUUUUUGACAUCUAUCAGUCUGGAAAUCCAUUUCUCAGCCUGUGGGACUGCAGUGAAUCACAAUAAGAGCUGCGAAGCACAAAUGACGACUUGAAAUGAACCUCCACCGGAGUGGCUGACCUACCAAAAAUUAGUCCAAGAAGACAUUUAUGACUCAUCCAGGAGGUCACAAAGGAACCAAGAAUAACAUUUAUAGCACUGCAGGUGUCUCAGUUAAAUUCAGUGUUCAUGAUUUAAUACGAAAGAGGCUAAAUUACUGGGCGUCACUCCAAGACAGACGCUCCCAUCCAAAAACAACACAAAGAUGAUUCCCAAAACAUUUCUGAAAACGAGUGGAACUGUUUGGACUUCCUUAGAGUAGCAUAAAUUUAUCCGACAGUCAAAUACGGGGGUGGUGGUGUGAUGAUCUGGGCCAAAUUUUGCUCUCUGGGGAUUAAAUUUUUUAAAAUAUUGCCAAACUGAUUUGGGUUGCUCUUUUCUAUGAAUAAAUUAAAUCCUCAUUCAAACAGUUGAGAUGGUAAGAAAGUCACCUUCAAAACUGCUUUUUGUAUUUAAUUUGUACCAUAACAUAAAACAUCCAAAUGUGACCAAAAAAACGAAGAAAUGUGUAAGAUGGGGAACUUUUUCACAAAACUGUAUAAUAAAGUCUUAUGUUAUGUGUUAAACCAUCAUAAAGAACCACAAACAACUUCUCUGACCAAAUAUUCCAGUGAAGAAUGAUAAAGUUCUAGUUUUUUCUUACCUCGAGAUUCUUCUACAAGUGCCUGAUUUUCUGGAAUGUGUUGUUUCUGCGGUGCCAUGCGCAGGUCUUGUCUUUUUUUUUUUUUUGUAUUAUUUCAUUUUGUUGUAUCUGGAUCCCCUCCUUUCUCCCGACGUGGCUGACCGACCCAAAGACGUGUACAUUAUUAAACUCCGAGUGGAAAACUAAAAAGCACACUUCAAGCCAAGGACGCAUCUAUGCACUCCCUUCGCCUUCAACAAGAGGCGCUUAUAACAGCUGUUACUAAUGCUGCUAAGACGAAGGAAACAAUAAAAGGCAUAGAAAUCCCUCAGCUGCUUCUGCUUCGCCCCUGAAACAAACUGAGGUCAUGUGAACAUGGUACACCCAACAUGUCCCACCCUAAAACCACAUUCGGUCAUGCCAGAUGAUAUCAAAUUUCCUAAAGGUGAACAAACCUCAUCUGUUGUUGUGUGAUGUACUGAAAUGUGAUUUUAUCUAAUGUUUAUUGUUGUAUUUUAAAACUAAAUUGUUUUGUACAUACCUUAAUAUGUAACAUACUGUAUUGUGUACAUUUGGAAUUGAUUUUGACUAUAACUGAUGACUAAAAACAAGAAAGAAAAAAAAAAAAAAAGCUUGUCCGCCUGAAAUUAUUUCCCUUGUGGCUGUUUGCUUCAAAGAAAAAGGUAUAUGAUGUAAAUAAACAGAAAUAUGUUUAAAAGA